AUGCACGUUGGAAAUUCGCCUUCAUCAAAAUCUGAUGAUAUGGAGAGCAUGCCAUUUUCAAGAUCACCAUCAACAUCAAAUUCAAUAAGCACCACUUCGAAAUCGUCGAUAGACAACAAAUGUCACACAUUGAUUAUAAUAGGAUUGAGAGGCGUCGGAAAAUCAAGUUUAGCUUUAAUGGCGCUGGCCGCCCUAAAGUAUAAGUAUGUAGAUGUUGAAAAAUGUGUCCUGGAAUAUACUGGUAUGCCAGAGGCCCGAUUUCUUGAAAAAGUGACUAUCGAGGAGUAUAGAGAAUUACAAUUUAAGUUAGUUUUGAGUGCCUUGAAAGAAAAUGAAAGUAACAAUCUGAUUGUUGUGUUACCUUCAACUGUUAUUGAUUCUCAUUUGUUAAUCAACUAUUUAGCUCAUAAGCAAUACCCAUACAUUAUAAAUGUUGAAACAGAAGAAUCACGUAUUUUGAACUAUCUUAAUUUCAAUGAUUCUUACGAUAAGGGUGUCAGAUUAAUUCAGCUGAAAUUUUUGAAGUAUAGAGCUAUUGCCAAAUACAACUUUUUCAAUUUGAAUUCAGAUUUGCUGUUUAUAAAGGAGAAUUUAAUUUCAAUUGGUAGUAAUAAUACUUAUUCCAAAAAUGAUAGUAAUAGUUAUCUUCUUUUAAAACCAAUUGAAAAGGAGUUCAUAAGGUUCUUAAACUUUAUACUUAAAGGGUCGUACUCGGCAGCAACAAUUUCUGGAAAUUUACACUUGAAAAUGAAUUUUUUAGAACGAUUCACCACUUGCUUGCAAAUCAACUUUCCUAAUAGCAUAAAUGAUGAGUUUUUAAAUAACCUACAUGAAACGAGUUACGGCUCUGACGCAAUCGAAAUUCAGUUUGAUUUGAUUCAAGUAAUAAAGCUAAAUAUAUCUGCAUCCAAUGUGAAAAUAGAUGAAUUUAUUGCACAAGUUAGACGCUACACUUACUGUUCAAUACCUAUAAUAUUAAGCAUAUAUAAUAGCUUACCAGAAUUAAACUUGUUUAUUGAUGAAUAUUCGAUUUCUUCCGGUGGUGAUUAUAAUCAAAUCAAAAGAGACUUGAUAAGUUUUUAUUUUAAUAUUUUGAAUUCAGGGAUAAAAACUGGAUUAGACUAUCUCAUAGUUGACUUAUCGACGUGCCUUAAUGAUAAAGAAAAUUUUAUAUCUAAUGAUUCCAAGUUUGAAGAAAUAAUUUUAAUCUUAAAGGAAUUGGUAACUAUUAGUGGCCAUACAGAAAUAAUAGGGUCAUUUGCUUCCAACGAUCCAAAUUUUUGGAUAUCGCAAUAUGGAGCAAUUAAAGUGGUUGAGUUAGCCAAAAACAUAGGAAUUAAAUUUCUAAGACUUAAUUCGCCCGCAAAUGAAUUAUCAGAUAAUUUCAAGGUUAUGUUUUUUAAGCAGAAUUUGAAACUAAUGUACCCGAACUUGAACAUGGAGGUGAUUGCAUUUAAUACAGGAAAACUAGGAAAACUUUCUAAGCUUAUGAACAAGACUUUAACUCCUGUUUCAAUCAAUCCAGGAUGCCUGAUAACCCCAUCUGUCCCAGAUUCAGACCAAAUUUCAAGUUUGUCAUCAUUUGAUAUACAGAAGGCAUUGAAUUCAUCCUUUGUUACUCCUUCUUUAGACUUUUAUGUGAUGGGAAUAAAUGUUUCAAAGUCUUUAUCUCCUGAAAUGCAUAAUUCUGCUUAUAAAGCUUUAGGGUUACCACACUGUUUCAAAAUAUUUGAAUGUUCUUCAUUGACACCCAACUUGACAAAUUUGGUCAACUCUCCUACGUUUGGAGGAACUGCAAUAAUUAUGCCGUUCAAGAUGGAAGCUUUGAAUUAUGUUGAUACAAUGUCAGAUCAUGUCAAAAUAAUUGGUGCCUUAAAUACAAUUAUUGCUGAAAGGUCAAUUGAAAAUCCGAACAAGAUAAUUAAAACCAGGGGCGAAAAUACGGACUGGUUGGGUGUGAAGUUAACAUUACAGGAUAAUAUCUCGCCGAUUAAUGCUAUAAGCAAAAACAAAACAGCACUUGUGAUUGGAGCAGGUGGUAUGAGUAGAGCAACAAUUUAUGCAUUAAUACAAUUAGGAUAUCAGAAGAUUCUUCUUUAUAAUCGAACUUAUGAAAAGGCACAGCAACUUGCCAGCUACUAUAACAGCUUAUCUCCGAUACGUUCAUCUAUAUCAUUGUCUAUAGGAGAGGUCAGUUCAGAAGACGAUUUAAAUUAUUUCGAAAUUGUUUUAUUGAACGAUGAUGAAUAUUUGAAUGCGAAAAUUCCAAACAAUUUUGACUACCCAUCUGUUGUUAUUUCAUGCGUACCUAGCUCAGAUCCUCUCACAGGCAAGUUAACAAAUUUUGAAUUGUCUCUGGAAUGGUUUAAAAGUCCGUCUGGCGGGGUUGUUUUAGAAACAGGCUAUGAUCCAUUAGUAACGCCGCUCUUGAAAAAUACCAGCAAGUUCAGUAAUAAGGGCUGGGUUGGGAUUAAUGGGUUGAAUUACCUUUAUGCUCAAGUAUUGGCUCAAUUUGAAAUGUUUACAAAUAAACCUGCACCAAAGGCAUUAUUGAAAGAUGUUGUUAUAAAGCACUAUCAGAUGAAAAAAUCAGAGAGUUAA